GGUAAUCUUCUCUUCUUGUCCGACAGAAUGAGAUCUGGUGAAGGCGCUUUGUGAUUUCCCUUUGACUCUCCUGCUUCCCGGGGCUGGCGUUCUGCGAGAAAGAAAGAUGUCGCUGAAACCAUUUACCUAUCCGUUGCCUGAAACAAGGUUUCUUCAUGCAGGCAGGCUGGUGUACAAAUUGAAAAUCCGGUAUGGCAACUUCAACAGCGCUCCUGAUCUCAACGGCACUGAAAGUGCUGUCAAGGAGUUAGAGGAAGCAAUUCGAGUAAUCCUUGGGAAUCUUGGCGAUUUGCACCCAUUUUCUACCGAGCACUUCACUAUCUUUCCGUAUUUGAGUAAAUGGGAGAGAGUAUCAAAGAUGAGAUUCAAACACGAGAACGUCCAUCUUGUGCCUUAUCCCUACGUUUGCACUAUGUAUCUAGAACUCAACUCCUUUCAGCAAAACGUAUCUUGUGGUAAAGAAGCAACCAAGGGCAGCGAUGAGCUGGUCAAGAGAAGAAAUGAAGUGUCAGAAGGUACUGCAGUGGGAGAAGCGGUGAAGAGGAGAAGAGCAGAGGUCGGAGCAGAGACCUCAUGUCCACAGCCAGGACUACGUAGAACUGGAGCCGAGUGUGUUCGCCAUACGAGUAAAGCAAAGCAUGGGUUGGAAACGAAUUCCUCCAAAGAAAAUGAGUGUGAGUUUAGUCCGGCAUCCCUUACUGUGGGCUGUAACCAAGGCAGUUUCUGGGGACCUGUGGAACCUAACCUUGAACAAAGAACAGCAGCUGGUCGGGCUGAGGGUGCAAUGCAGCUACUGCAGCAAAGGGACCAAAUGAUACCCAAAGGAAACGUGGAGCCAGAAGGAAGAGGUCUCUCAAAGUUCUGGAGAAGGUGCAACAUUCCUCAGAAAUGUUGGUCUUCUGAGCUGUCUUUGGGAAAAAAGCUGCUCACGGGAGGGGGGUUACUGACCUCAGCUGGGGAGUGCCACCUCCACCUCGAUUUUCUAAAGGACUGA